GCUCAGCAGGCACCGGGAGAACGGAGUGGAGAGAAGCUCCACAGAUAACCAAGCAGCACUGCAGUCAAGGCCUCCAGGGGGACGAAUCUCUGCCACCUAAGCAGGACCUGGCCUCUCGUCCCCAGCGGCUGCUCAUGCCUCCAGCUGGGGGACAUUCAUGGAUUUCUAAACCGGUGAGCGAGUUCAACAGGUUAGCUAACAUCUCGGUGUCCUUUCCAAUGUCCAAGGGCCCUACUGGCCUCACACUCCAGGAAUGAGAGCUGACAAACUGGAAUACAAACUCUUCUGCGGCCAAACCACAUUAUUUUAAGAGACUUCUGCUGCUGCCUCUGCCAUUUUCAGAUCUUUGAAAACUUGUGUGUGAAAUCUUGCGUUUUGGUUUAACUGUGGCUCUGGCCACAAAACAGAUGGCAAGACAGCUUCCUCCUAUGUCAGGUGUGUCUGAAAGGUAUUUGUGUGAACAUGCACUCAAAGCAUUGGGUGUUUAUGAGUGCUUAUAACUGAACAGCGAUUUGAUAGUGUUGUUGUGUGGAGGAGCUACUGGGGUCACUUUUUGUGUGAAGGUGUGACUUUGUUUGUGUGUAUGAAACAAGUCAGACGUGCUUGAAGUGUGUGUGUGUGUGUGUGUGAGGUGGUUGGGCCUAGUGGAGGACGUAGCCCUGGAUUUCUUGGAGAUGGAGGGUCAUGGGUAUGACCGGUUUGGAGAUGGGGAGAGGGACACUUACCAAAUUGACUACCGGAGGAUUGUAGGAGACAUGGAACCAGCAAGGCCACGCAUCUCAAACAGAGAUGGAGAGCAACCUCACCCCUACGGGGUCUAUGCCCACCCGAUGCCACACGGACAUGGGCAUGAGACUGCAGCCCAGCGAUACAGUGCUACACGUAUCCAAGCUGGAUAUGAACCUGAGAGCAUGGCUGACUACUUGAUCAGUGGAGGCACGGGUUAUGUUCCUGAAGAUGGACUGACAGCACAACAGCUCUUUGCUAUCGGCGACGGACUCACAUACAAUGACUUCUUGAUCCUCCCUGGUUUCAUAGAUUUUACUUCUGAUGAAGUGGAUCUUACCUCUGCACUGACAAGGAAGAUAACCCUGAAGACACCUCUUAUUUCAUCUCCCAUGGACACAGUCACAGAGUCAUCCAUGGCCAUCGCCAUGGCAUUGAUGGGUGGAAUCGGAAUAAUUCACCAUAACUGUACUGCUGAGUUCCAGGCCAACGAGGUGCGCAAAGUCAAGAAAUUUGAACAGGGCUUUAUUACAGACCCAGUGGUGAUGAGUCCCGGACACACAGUGGGGGAUGUGUUUGAGGCCAAGACACGCCACGGUUUCUCUGGGAUCCCCGUUACAGAGACGGGCAAGAUGGGCAGCAAGCUGGUCGGCAUCGUCACCUCCAGAGACAUAGACUUUCUGUCUGAGAAGGACCACGACAGACCCCUGGAGGAGGCAAUGACAAAAAGGGAAGAUUUAGUUGUUGCACCUGCUGGAGUCACACUGAAAGAGGCUAACGACAUACUGCAACGCAGCAAAAAAGGUAAGCUCCCCAUAGUGAAUGACAGUGAUGAGCUGGUCGCCAUCAUUGCUAGGACUGACUUGAAGAAGAACAGAGAUUAUCCUCUGGCUUCCAAGGACUCACGAAAACAGCUGCUGUGCGGAGCUGCUAUCGGUACGAGGGAGGACGACAAGUACAGGCUUGACCUCCUCAUGCAGGCUGGGGUGGAUGUGGUAGUCCUGGAUUCCUCUCAGGGAAACUCAGUUUAUCAAAUCAACAUGAUAAACUACAUCAAACAGAAAUAUCCUGAACUUCAGGUUGUUGGUGGAAACGUGGUGACAGCUGCUCAGGCCAAAAACCUCAUAGAUGCUGGUGUGGAUGCCCUGAGAGUCGGCAUGGGGUGUGGCUCUAUCUGUAUCACCCAGGAAGUGAUGGCAUGUGGACGACCCCAAGGUACAUCGGUGUACAAGGUGGCAGAGUAUGCACGACGUUUUGGAGUGCCGGUAAUCGCUGAUGGAGGCAUUCAGACUGUUGGACAUGUGGUGAAGGCUCUGGCCCUGGGAGCAUCUACAGUGAUGAUGGGGUCGUUGCUCGCGGCAACCACUGAGGCGCCGGGAGAAUAUUUCUUUUCAGAUGGUGUGCGUCUGAAAAAGUACAGAGGAAUGGGCUCCUUGGAUGCCAUGGAGAAAAAUAACAGUCAGAAACGUUACUUCAGCGAGGGAGAUAAGGUGAAGGUGGCUCAAGGUGUCUCAGGAUCAGUACAAGAUAAAGGCUCCAUCCAUAAGUUUGUUCCUUACCUCAUUGCCGGUAUCCAACACGGCUGUCAGGACAUAGGGGCAAAGAGUUUGUCUAUUUUACGGUCGAUGAUGUACUCUGGAGAGCUGAAGUUCGAGAAGAGGACCAUGUCUGCUCAGAUGGAGGGAGGCGUCCACGGCCUCCACUCAUAUUCUUUUGUGCCAUUUACGAGAAACGACUUUACUGAGGCAGGAGGAGGAGGAAGAGGAAGCACUCGAGCAGGACCUAUUGUCCCGACACCAGCAGCUAUGAGCAGAUGCACCGGGCGCAUGUGAUCAAACUACAAAGUUGCUGUACAUCAUACACACUCUAAAAUCUGACACUGCUUUUCUGUGUCCUCCCCUCUUUGUCGUCUCCAUCCCGUUUCUGAUCCCUUCAAAUCUAGACGAAACAAAUCUAGACAAAACAAUACACUUUCACCUGAUUCUAAAGUACAGACUUCAUACAACAAACAUUGCAGAGGUGCAGCCCUAUAUUUCCACGCUCAUUUAAUGUAUGACUCAAGGUAUUUCUCUUUUUUUUGUAGGAAAUCAAGCAGUCUGAUAUUUUAUUUACAGAAUAAAAGACACUUAACAAAAACA